CUACUGCGGGAGUCCAGCAAGAGUCACAUCACACUCGUGAAAGUCCGGCCAAACAUCUCCAGCUACGACAGAGUCCAUAUUUUCCUGGAUAUUUGCCCUGCGCGGCUGCUCGUGGCCGGUGUGUCACCUAAAGCAGGACUUUGGAUAUUAUCAAGGAUCGCAAGAGCAGAUUUGUUUUCUCCGCAGUGGGAAGGCUUGAUCCACCCCUGAGCGUGAUGAUUUGAGAGGGAAGCAAUGCAGAUAGACUAUACUGUAGCAGCCCCACAGGUCACCAUAUUCCUGCUUUAAUCCGCAUUUCGUCUGAAUCUGCACGCGCGCGCCUGCUUUCACUGCGCUUAUCGAUCACAAAUCACUCGCUCUUCAUGUUUGUGUUUCUUUUUUUAAACGAAUCUCACCCGAGAUUUGUACUAACGCCAUUUUAACGCGAUAAACGCCGUUUGGUUGAGUUUGAGGUAUUGUAGAGUGCUUGUCAUGAUCUCGAUGUAAGUGGAUGGAUUUACUCUCAUAGACUCAGCAGCAGCUUUAGAAAUGGUUUCACCUGGGAAAAACUCCAACUUAGCGAGAUUUGUAAGAUUCCUGGAGCAGUAAGGAGUCAUAAUCCAUCACAUCCCUCUCUGAUCAAACUCGAUUACUCAGACCGGUGUCCCACUGUCCUUUUGGGUCCCUCUGUUUCCUGAUUCUUGGACCAAGCUUCAAGAUUUGCAAUGGAACAAAGAGACCUUACUCGGAUGGCCCGGCCCAAAGGGAAUGAGGAGUUCUUCUCCACUGUUACCACAAUCAACAGAGCAGACCUCAGUGAGGUGGGUCUUCUGGCCAGCCCAAUGAAGAGCCUCCCUCUGCCUGGAGAGCAGCAGGACCACGAAGAGGAUGAAGAUCUCGGACUGGGGAAGGAUGUGGAUGCCACUUCCAAUGCAGACAGUGAGAGAUGGAGUCAGGGAGACGGGCUGGAAGACCAGGAGUUCUCCAUCAAGGAGGCCAAUUUCUCUGAAGGCAGCCUGAAGCUAAAGAUCCAAACGACCAAGCGGACCAAGAAGCCUCCCAAGAACUUGGAUAACUACAUCUGUCCUCCUGAGAUCCGCAUCACCAUCAAGCAGCGUGGGGAGCAGAAGACUACCAAACAUGGCAAGAACAGCAGAGGAGCAAAAGAGGAGGACAAAGGACCCCCCAGAAAGAGGACCUAUGAAAGGACCUAUAAACGUGUGGGUAAAACCGAUGACUUGAUAAUGGAUGGCCUUAGGGAGAGCACAAAACCAAAGCAUGAGUCUAAAAGCAACGACAUUCACCACCUUGACUGGAAAAAGCCAUCAGAUAUUGUUGGAGAUUUAGCAUCCCAAGAGCAACACAUGACAGAACCAGACUCAAAAAGAGAAAUGGCAUGCAUUCACAAGAGCCCUUUGUCAGAGCCCAACAUCCCAUUCUCAAAAACGCAAGUUAAAAAGGUAACAGAGGGUUCAUCUGGAAGUCUCUUUGCCUCUGCCAUGUCUUCCCCAGGCGCUGACUCACUAGCAUCUUCUCCAGCUAAUAUAGCAAUGAUUCCCACAACUGACUCAAGUGUGUUGACACACUCCUCGUUCAGCAAGGACAGAUGUUUGCAGGAAGUCACCGAGGAAGUGUUUGGGAACAUCAAACGGAAAUAUGAAAGGAAAGACCCAGUGAAGGCCAAGACAGAGACCGCCCUUAAUUUAGACAUUCAGUGGGCCAAAAAGAUUAACAGAGAUACUGAAAGUCAAGACAGUACUAAGGAGAAACAACCCUACAACUCUGGUAAAGGUGAAUUUCAGAAAGAGGUGCCUGAUAAGUUAAGCAAUAAGACGGAUGAUGAAAGUAAGUCACUGUCAAGUGGUGGUAUCCAUAUCUCAAAUGAUUCUAAGACUAGAAAGAGAAGAAAUCGAAACACUGUAGAAGAUAAAAACAUAUUAGAAGAUCCACCAACCACACAACAAGUAGAGAUGACCGAUAAAGCUGACCAAGUUAGCACCAAACCUAAAAUGACAAGCAAUAUAGAUUUCAGUGCACCAAAACAGUUUGGUGUGAAUAUAUGGGAGACAGAGGAAGACGGUGCUGGGACAAUGACUGAUGAUGUUGAAAUCUUUCAGAAUAGACAGAGGAAAAUCCCAGCUGGAAGACCAAGAUCAGUGAUUGACCAUGACAAGCAAACCGAGGCAAGGCAAUCCAAGAUCAAGGACAGGUGGUCCUAUAUCAAGUCCCAGAACUCUGCUCCUCAUAAAGUUGUGAAUCAGUAUCUUUCUAUUGAAGAGCCACCCUCUGCCUUCCCUAUUACUCCAUCCAGCCCACUCUACACAAACACAAACAGUUUGACAGUCAUUACCCCAGUAAAGAAGAAACGUGGGCGGCCCAAGAAGCAGCCAUUACUUACCGUGGAGACGAUUCACGAAGGAACCACAACAAGUCCCGUUAGUCCUAUUGCCCAAGAUUCAUCAAGCACUUCAAAGAGAAAGAAAAAGCAUAAUAUGUCAAAAUUGGUGCAGUUGGCCUUAAACAAUUCCCCAUCUCCUGCACAGCAGUUGAAACUCAAGAAAUCAGGUCAAGAAGGUGUGCUUAAAAAGAGGGCAACUAAGAAAAUUAAACUGGUGAAGAUGCAGAGCAUUUUGAAUGAACUUUUGUCUACUUCGAGCACUGGCAAUCUUGCCUUGAAGUCCAAUGUCCCUGUUUCAAAUGCCAUGUCAACAGUGGCAUCGACAAUCGAGGCCCGUUAUGGCAAACAAAUCAAUGUAAGCAAGCGUGGAACUAUUUACAUAGGCAAAAGGCGAGGAAGGAAACCCAGAGCUGAUCAGCAAGCCCAGCAAAAUGAGCACAAAGCCAGUCAUAAGCACUUGUUGCCUAUUUCCAGUCUGUUUGAGAACCCUCUAGUGCCUUCUAUUACAUCAUCUGCAACCAGAAUGCCUUCUCCCAGGGUCAUGCAUUCUUUCUCUGCACACUCUGCAGCAGGUGGGAUGUCUCACCCUGCCACCACAGAUACCAGCCAGCACGACCUGAAGACAAUGCCAAAUCUACAGCCGAUCAGUGCAUUGCCCUCAAAAACCCAUAAGGGCUUGCUUGGUAGUAACUGGAAGCUUUCUCCCCCAAGACUAAUGGCCAACUCACCAUCUCACCUGUCUGAAGUGGCUUCUAUCAAAGAAGUAACACUGUCUCCAGUUAGUGAGUCCCACAGUGAAGAGACAAUCCCUAGUGAUAGUGGAAUUGGCACCGACAACAAUAGCACAUCAGACCAGGCCGAGAAAGGCCCAGUGUCUCGCAGGAGAUACUCUUUUGAUCUGUGCAGUUUUGAUGCCACAGAGGCUGCUGUUCUAGAAGCUAAGAGCAAAGCCGCGAGAGGGCACUACCAGAAGCGAGCCACUGCAGUUGCUAUGGAAAAUUGUUUUGCUCAAGAGAGUCUGAAGAAGCAGAAGCAUCGGAGAAAGCGCAAGGCCCUCCAGAGCCGGGACGACCUGCAGUUUAUUGCUGACCUCGAGGAGCUGGUAAGCAAAUUCCAGGUCUUCAGAAUCUCCCACCGCAGUUGCAAGUACUACCAGGAGAAUUCGUAUCCCAGCAUCUUCCGUCUGAACUUUGACCACUACUAUCCUAUUCCAUACUAUCCCUAUGACCCUGUGCACUAUCUUCGCAGGAGUUCGGAAAAGUCAAAGAGAAGGCGUGGUAGGCCAGCCAAAUCAAACGAGCCAUUAUCAAAGAUGCCUUUCAUUCAAGGGUUUGGCUGCCCAGUGCUUGGUGGCAGUUACUAUGCACCCUACACAAUGCCUUACACAUCCAUGCCUCUUGCCACAAGUAUGAUAAACAUGGGCUAUUAUGGUCAGUACCAUUCACCCUUGUACUUAUCUCAUGCACAUGGACCUUCAGGUUCUCCUCUCAUGAGGUCACCAGUCCCUCCACCAAAGUUCCACCCUGGUGCAUCCUCCAGUCUUGCUGCUACUAGCAGACAUAGAGUAAAGAAUAUGCCACAUGAGAUGCCUUCAUCCAGAAUGAGUGACUCCCAUCACCCUUUGAGAAGUUGCUUGUCAAGUGUCUUUCUCCACAAACGAAAACACAAGCCCAAGCACAAACAUAAAGAGGACCAGUACAUCCCACCGAUGGAAGAACUUGGUGGACUCUUCAGUGGAACCCAGAGUCCUGCCUUCCUCAGCCUACUAAAUGAGAGACUAGAGAAGAACUCUCUGUCCAAACUGAAGGACAAGCCAAGAGGCAAGCAAAGUACAGACGCUUCACCACAAGCUUCCAGGAACAUCUUUGAAGUAGACACUUUGUCAUCGUUGUCCUUAUCUGACUCUCAGCAUUGCAAGCGCACUCGAGGAGAGACACUGAACAACUUCCUGAACAUCUGCACUAGACAACCACAUGAGCGCCUGCAGGCCAGCCAGGAUCAGUCACUGGACUUGUUCAAGGGGCAGCACUUCGGGGACAAUGAUUCCAGUGUUAACAACAGCAGGCAUAGCUUGGAGGACUUUGCAUCAUACAGAGAGGAAAGAAUGACGGCUUUCCAACGAGGUAGAGAUGAGAGGGCAGAGCAGAUGAACCAGUGCCUGAACGCAGCUGUAGCAGAGUCCAGUUCCUUCAAGAGGAGGCACAAGCAUAAUGAGCUGGAGGAGAUCCAGUGUGACAUGCAGGCCUUCUCCAAGAUCCUCACCACAAAGAAGAACCUGGAUCACGUCAACAAGAUUCUGAAAGUCAAGAGGCUUCAGAGGCAAGCCAAGACAGGGAAUAAUAUAGUGAAAAGACGCAGGGGGAGGCCGAGGAAGCAGCCAAUUUCUCUCGAGGAGGGAUUGCCGGGGCAGAUGCCAGUUCUAGAAAAGUGUGUGGACCUUCCUGGGAAGAGGAAUCUUCACACCGGACUGGUGCCUGCUCAGCUUGAGUUCUCCAAUCACGAUUCCAUUACUGACGCCAUUGAGUCAGUGGUUAACAUGGCCAGAUCCCAACCCAGCCCAAAGUCCAAGCAGGGAGGCACGCAAUGGCACAUAGUUCAGCCAAGGCUUCAAAUAGAGCGUCCUAAUCGCAAAGGCAGAGGGAACAGGAGUGUAGAUGCUAAUCUUGCCUCUCAUUUUAGAGGUUCUAACAGUGCACUGUGAGUUAGCCUUGUGUCUCUGUAUCGGAUUUUUUUCUGCUUUGUUUUGAGUCUACUGACACAUUUUAAUGGGCAUUCGCUGAGAAUUUGGACCACGGUUGUGGUCUAAAGAGCUCCACUUUCAGUUUCAGAAUUUUUUGUCUCAAGGAGAAAAUCUUGAGGAUAUUGAAACUAUGGCUUUAGCCAUAAUCUACCAGCACAUGUAAAUGAACUUAUAUAAAAGAAACGGUGUACUUUUUUCUUUGUCGUUUUUGUUUCACUCCUGCACAAAGUAUAGAUCUUCUGGCAAAGGUUGAUUUCAAACAACAAGUCACCGGUAAAUUGCUAACUUGCAUACACACACUUGCACACAUAAACAUACAUUUGCCUGUGCUCAGGUGUGUUCCAGGCAUGAACUAAUGGCAAUACUUUUGAAUGAAACCCUGUUCAGUGGCAUUUUGAUGGCUAUAGUUUGACUGUACAUUGUUACAUAUUCUAUGAACAUUUUCAAGUAUUUUAGAUCUAACUAUACUGUCAGCAUAUCAAAUCAAAAACUGAAUAAUUUUUUCUGUUUUCUUUUUUAAUUCUAAUGUAAUCUCAACAAAGUGGAAUCACUGUAGAUUGAAGGGUUGGUGAAGACAUAGGACAGCGAAAUAAAUCAAAGUAACCUGUAGGCACUACUUCACAGCAGACUAGAAGAAAAAAUGCUAAGGUUGCAUUUAAAAACAACAAAGCGCUUAUUUCUUUUUUCUUUUGUAGAACAACUUUGGGUGGGCUGAAGUAUUACACAGUGUCACAGUGUUGGUUUUCUCACUUUAUGCAAUAGUGAGCAUCUGGACAAUAUUUUCAUUAUCUGACUGGAAAACAAGCUCUUGCUUGGUUGCUCAACUGAGCAACUGAGUUGCCUUCUCCAGAGUCUAUUUGAAAAUGUGCCUGCUCUUGUUAACUAAACAAUAAUAGUAUGUCUAUAUACCUGUCAGUAUUAGAUAUCCACAUGACCAAAGUUUCAAUGUAGUCAGUGUAUCAUAGUAUAGAUCUGUUUCAGUUUACGGUAGCUGCUUGUGUAUAUUACUAUGAAUGGAUACUAAGUGUGGUGGAGUGGUUAUUUGUUGAUGGUUCUGUUGCUUGGAUUGUAAAAAUAGGAACCAGAAUGUACACCGAAGUCUAUUUAGGUGUCAAACAUAGGACUCAUUGCAAACUAAUCAAAAAUUUGUCCUGCGCUAUUUUAGGAGUUUUACUGAUAUAAUCAACAUUUGGAAUCGGAAUAGAAUUUGAAUGUGGUUCUAAUUUUAAUGGCUUUCCAUUUGUGAUUUAAUUUCUACUUUUGUUUUUGUUGUUGUUUUCAUAUAUGUGCCUUAUGUUUGUCUGUAAAUCCAUAACAUGUUCAGGUGCAGAUAUCCGUCAUGAAUGUGCAUAAACAAUAAUCUUGUUUUCUCUCCUGGUUUUAGUGUUUUAGAUGUUAUUAUUUUAAUACACUUAGACCUUGCUGGUUUGUUGUCUUGCUGUAAAAGGCUUUAUUCUGACUAUAAAUACAUUUACUAUAUAUUUACCAAACAUUGUAAUAGUUCAGUGAACAGAUAGCAUCUAUGGUACACAUCUAAAUAUACGCAAAAUAACUCUAUAACCAAACCCACCAAGAUUUUUGACAUUAAUACAUGCUUAUUUACUAUGCACCAGGUUACUGCUGUGACUCAACAGAGGCUUUUUUGCAUCUACUCUUUUGUAAGCUUUCCGUUUUCUUUAAACCAGUUUAAACGAUGAAGUGGUCUUAAUGAAAUUUUAAUAGUUGUACUGAUCAGUAGAUUGUCAAUUGUGCUGAAACAGACUAUCAUUUUUUUUUUGCAAUUCUAAUCAUUGUUUAGGGGAGAGAAAGAAAAUAACAUCUAAGCAGUGCGGCCUUAAUCGAAUGUUAAAUUGUCCCCUGUAAAUAGUCUACCAUAUCUAGGUUGCUGUAUAGCUGCGUAAGUCAUGCCUAAGAAAUAAGAAACAUGUCAAUAUGUUUAACUCACAGUUGUCCAAAGCAGGACACAUAUGGGCUUAAAAUGCCAUUUGGUGUUAUGAAGCAUUAUGUCCUUGUGAUAUCUUAGUGCAUUUAAGCUAAAAGAUAUAAUAUAUGCUGGCAGCUAUUUGCCUCAGCCAGUUGUACUGGUCUGGAGUUGACAUUUUUGUAGUAUGUGCCCAUUUGGACCAGUUCUGAUAACCACCUGGAAGCAUUGCCAAAAAUGUUGACCUAUAUUAGUGCUUUUAGCACCGAAAGACAUCAAAAAUGCACACCGUAGCAGUUUUCGGAACAAUUAUAUUGUCAAAAAGUGGCUUUGGUUUCAAUGCCUGGCAGCUCAAAUUUGCUUGUCUUCUAUGGUUUCAAAAUGCCAGAUAUAUUUUCUCCACCACAUGAAAAGUGGUGCCUUGUGAAGUUAAAGUUAAAUAUAUAUUUUUUUGCUGUUGAACAACAAUAGCAACUCUAUUACAUGCUGGUUGUGUCGAUUAAAUAUUAUCAGUAACCAAGGCCAUAUUAUCUGCUCAAAUGUCGUCACCAGUAUCAUAUUUUAGUUUAAUAACAAUACAAUGAAGUUAUAAUACAAACAAAGUGUUGAUCAAAAAGUAAUAUUCCUGACAAGGACACACAAAAGCUCUUAUCGCUCUCAAAUUUGUAAAUCAUACAUAUGGUGUUAGGACCAUUUUGAUCAUUUGAUUUCUGUGUCUGCAUGCCCUCUUUGAUUGUAUGCCUACACAUUUUUAAGUAUUACAUUUUGAUUCGGAUAAGAUCUUAUACAUUGUUUGAUAUGUUUUUUGUAAUAAAUCAUUUUGUACAUUGUAUGGAUAUUAAAAACAGCAAAUAAUGGACAAAUAUAAAAAAAAAAGAAUAAAUACUGAUAUACACAAACAUAUACAUUGUACAUAGAAUGUAUGUAUACACAUUCAUGUUUUAUGUAACUGUGAGUACAAACAUGUUUAUAAAUACAAGUACGACGCUGUACAUAUGUACAUACAUAUACGCUUGCAUGUGUUUGGUCAUGUUUGCCGUUCAUGAUCUUGUAGUUUUAUUUUUUUAUUUCUCCCUUUUCUUACUGUAAAGCUCAUUUUUGUGCAUCUAUCUCUGGUGAACUGUAUUGAGCACUUAAACAGUUGAUCUUGUUCAUGUCAUUCAUUGUGCAAAAAAAAUAAUAAAUGAAAUUAUCGAGAGCUCACUUCUGUUAA